AUGAGCGGCGGAAAGCCCAAUGAGUGGGCGCCCGGUUCGUGGAGAAGCAAGCCAAUUGUGCCCGUGCACGCGGUCAAGUACGAAGACGAUGCGCUGGUUGAGACUGCUCUUACCAAACUGAACCGCGUUCCCCCAAUCGUCACCCCUACGGAAAUUUGGAAACUCAGAAACUCCCUCAAGGACGUGGCGCUGGGAAAUGCAUUCCUUCUGCAAGGCGGUGACUGCGCAGAACUUUUCGAGUAUUGUCACGAUGGCUCAAUCGACUCCAAGAUCAAGCUCCUGCUUCAGAUGUCCCUGGUUCUCAUCUGGGGAGGCAACAGGCCUGUGGUCAGAAUUGCUCGCAUGGCUGGACAAUACGGCAAACCGAGAUCCUCGCCGACUGAGUUGCACAACGGACAAGAGAUUCCCAGCUGGCGCGGCGACAUCCUGAACUCAUACGAUCCCAACGACAGGACGCUCGAUCCAGAUCGCUUGGUGCAGGCUUACUUCCACGCUGCUGCUACCUUGAAUUACGUUCGCGCACAGCUCGCCUCUGGAGUUGCAGACCUCCACAAUCCUUUGGACUGGGGUCUCGGCCACGUCACGGAUGCUAAGCUGCUGGAGAAGUAUUCUGGCAUUGUGGACAGCAUCCGCUCUAGCUUACGCUUCAUGCGGACUGUCGGUGCGGACACRGCGAGUGGAUUACAGACUGUCGAUCUGUACACCAGUCAUGAGGCUCUACUACUUGCCUACGAGGAAGGUCUCACACGAAAGCUCAAGCAUCCGAGCAAUCGUCAAGUGCCUCAAAACAAGCAGGACGCUUCACCUCACGUCAAUGGUGAUGCGGACCAUGCUCUCGACCCAGACGACGAGUACGGAUACUAUGAUACCAGUGCCCACUUCGUUUGGGUCGGUGAUCGGACUCGUCAGCCAGAUCACGCUCACAUCGAGUUUGUCCGUGGUAUCGAGAAUCCGAUUGGCAUCAAGGUCGGUCCAUCAACAACAAUCGAAGCUCUCACGAAGCUACUCGACAUCGUCAAUCCUCGCAAAGAGAUUGGCAAGGUGACGCUCAUCACUCGCUACGGCAAGGACAAGAUUGCCGAGAUGCYUCCCGCGCACAUCGAAGCGGUUCGCAAGACGGGACACAUCGUGGUCUGGCAAUGCGAUCCGAUGCACGGCAACACACGCUCCACUUCGGAAGGAAUCAAGACACGCUCGUUCCAGUCCAUCUUCGACGAGUUGUCGUCGGCACUGCGGAUUCAUCAAGAGUGCGGCUCCUACUUGGGCGGCGUGCACCUUGAGCUCACCGGAGACGCUGUGACCGAGUGCACCGGCGGUAGUGUGAACAUCAACGACACCGAUCUCAGCAGGGCAUACCAGACCUACUGUGAUCCUCGCUUGAAUGAGAAGCAGGCGUUGGAGUUGGCUUUCCUCGUUGCGGACAGUCAGCGUGAUGCCAUGUCUUGA